GAAGAGAAGAGUUUCUCGCACUCCUCCUGAGAACAUUGAAAAUGAGUCGUGUCUUUCUGGUCCUGGGCUUCAUCCUGAUCAUGGCGCUCUACUCAGAGGCUAAACCUGAAAGUAUUGAAGCUGAGGGCUGCUGUUUCAAGUUUUUCGAAAGCAAAAUUCCUCCUUCAAGCAUCAAGGAGGUGAAAAAGACCGGCUCGCACUGUCCACAGCAAGGCUUCAUUGUCACUACUAACCGGUUCUCUGGCAUGUGUGUUCGUCAAGUCAGCGUAAACUGAAAAGCUGAACUUUCAAGCUGCAACUGAGCUGCGGCACACACACACACACACACACACACACACACACACACACACACACACACACACACACGCAGCUUAUUCAUAUAUUCAUCACAUUCCACUUUUAUCAGCAAUUUAUUAUGAAUAUUAUGGAUGCAAUCAUUGUUUAAGGCAAAUAAAUAAAUAAAUAAAGGCUUCAAAUAAA